UAUAUCAAAAAAUAUAAAAUUCAACCAAAAUGAGUGCUACAAAAUCCGGAGAAAAUGUUGACACUGCAACGGCGGCGCCACCGCCACCUCCCACAGCCGCAGGCAGACCACCCACCUCGCAGCUCUUCUCGCGCGGCAAUUUGGUUAGCAGUCGCAAUGCUGGCGAUAAGACAGCGCUGGCCAGGCCGUCGACAGCGGUGCGUGCCGUGGGCUACGCAGCCAGCGCCAGCGGCUCGGCGGGUCAGCGUUUCGAUCAAUUCUUCUUGGAGAAGGUCAAGCAGCAGACGCUGUCCUCAGCCAACGCAGCCGUCGAUGCGGCCAAGGAGGUCAAUCCGCAGAUCAAGUACAAGAAUAUGGAGGUAAAAAUUGUUAAGCUAUUGGAAUCGUCCAUUGUGCUGGCAGCGCAGAGCUCAGCGAUUCGUGCAAGUGGCUCCAGCAACGCGGAAGUGAAGUCUGCGCUAGCCGAGGCGCUGAACAAGGCCAAGGAUGCCUCUUCGCUGGAUCGCAUAUUGCAUCACGAGCAGGACAAGCAGGGCGAGAAUGUUUUCCACAACUUUGAUUUGACAUAUGCGCAAUACGAGCACAACGAGAUGCACAUCGAGGCCUUGAACACCUACAAUAUCAUGACCAAGAACAAAAUGUUUCCGCAUGUGAACCAGCUGAAGCUGAACAUGGGCAACAUCUACUUCAAGAUGGGCAUGCACAAGAAGGCCAUCAAGAUGUAUCGCAUGGCACUGGAUUCGGUGCCGAACACGCUGAAGCAGCUGCGGCUGAAGAUCACCGAGAACAUCGGCGUGCUCUUUAUACGAAUGGGCCAGUAUGCGGAUGCGGCAUCCAGUUUCGAGUUCAUCAUGUCCGAACGCGCGGAUAUUCGCAGUGGCAUUCACUUGCUGCUCUGCUACUAUGCCAUGGGCGAUGUCGACAAAAUCAAGAGCACCUUUCGCAGCCUCUGCGACGUGCAGCCCGUUGAAACGGAGCGCGACUUGGACAACGAGAAUAAUAUAAUGCGUCUGCAGCAGCAGGCAGAACAGGCGGGACAAGCGGGCGCCGCUGGCGACAAUCAUAGCGGCGCUGAGGUGGCCAUCAUCGAUGCAGAGGCCGGCAGCUCCUACGAGCUGCUCAACGCUCCGAAGAGCUCAGCGAAUGCCAAAAAUCGCUACGUGCUGCAGGCCCUCAAAACGGAUGAGCUGGCCACUUAUACGAAGCAGCGGCGCAAUACAGAGAAGCGUUCAGUUACCAUGAUUGUCGAUCUGAUCUCGCCGCUAAUCGAGGAGAAUUACAAUGAUGGUUACAACUGGUGCAUUGAGGUCAUCCGAACAUCAAAUCUGUCGUGGCUGGCCAACGAGCUGGAGCUGAACAAGGCGCUGGUCUACUUGCGCCAGAACGACGUCAACCAGGCCAUUGAGACGCUGCAGAUGUACGAUCGCAAGAGCGAGAGCUCCAUGACGGCCAGCGCGCUAACGAAUCUGAGCUUUAUCUAUAUUAAUAUGGCGACGCACUGCCUCAAUCAGCUGCAGGAGCUGGGCGCGCUGCAGACAAGUGCACUGGCCCUGGUCAAUGCCGGCAUUGUCGAUAUGCUCAAUCAGAAUCUGAGCUCGGCUGGCGAGCGCUUGCAGCGCGCCCUGCAAUUGGAUCCGACGAGCUUCGAGGCCAACUACAAUUUGGGCUUGCUGGCGCUGAAGCAGCAGGACUUUGAGCUGGCCGAGGAGCAGUUUGAGCUGCUGAAGGCUCAGCUCAUGCAGCCGCAUUCCGUGCAGCACAGUCAUGUCUAUUACCAGCUGGCCAAGCUGCAGGAGCGACGGCUGAGCAGCGCCUCGUCGGGGGGCUUCAAGUCGAGCAGCUCGCCAGGUGCCCUGCAGGCCUACCUCCAGGUGCUGGGCAUCUCGGCGACGGAUGUCGAUUCGCGUCUGUUCGAGAAGGUCGGCAGCAUGUAUGAGCAGCGACAGGAUCACCAGGAGGCCAAUCAGUACUACAACGAGGCGUACCGCAUCAACAUGAGCGACAUCAACAUAGCCAGCUCCAUUGGCUCCUACUACAUCAAGCUGCAGGCCACGGAAAAGGCGCUCUAUUACUAUGAGCGUGCGGUGCUCGCCGAUCCCAAUGAUCCGAACCUAAUGCUGCGCAUUGCCAGCUGCUUUCGCAAUUCGUAUCUGCCGCCCAAGCAAUAUCUGGGCAUGUUCGAGAAGAUCUAUGCCCGCUUUCCCGACAAUCUCACCUGUGUGCGGGCGCUGAUGCAGGUGACCAAGUCACUGGGUAUGUCCGAGCUGCACGAGCGCUAUAGCCAGGACUACGCCAGGCUGCACAAGCAGCAGCAGGAGCGCCAAAACGAACAGCGUUACCAACAGCAGCGUCUCUCCUCGGCCACCUCCAGUCGAGGCAGCAGGAGCAGCAACCUAAAGACAUUGCGACCUUCGAAUGAGGAACGUUUGCAGGAGAAUAGCGACAUCUCCGCUUCGCUCGUGUCCAGCUCAUCAGGUGGCUACAGUGCUGAACAGUUCCAUGUGGAUCCGUUGGGCCCGCCUGCCGAACGUCCUCGCACUGGCAUGUAUCGCGCACAGCAGAGCAACGACUCGGACGAUGAUGCAGAAAUGAACGCGGACAGUUUGUUGCCCAUUUAG